AUGUCGCCCUCGAAUCCCAAACUCGCCGCUGGCGGUGCGUUUCACACGUUCCAAGGGGUCAUCCCCAAGAAGCAGCCCGCUCCUUCGAGUAGCACAAGGCCCAGGGUUGCCGGUGCCAGACGAAUAACGACUCCCCAUGCCUGCACAGAGUGCAAGAGACGCAAAAUCCGCUGCGAUGGCAAGCUGCCAUGUGGUCAAUGCAUCACCAGCCGAGCUCCCAAGAGCUGCUCAUACGACAAGCACCGACAGCGACUGAUUCCGUCCAGGAAAGCCCUCGACACCUUGUCUCAGUCCCUGGAGGAGUGUCGCUCAGUCCUUCGACGCCUCUAUCCAAAUCACGAGGUGUCUACUCUCCUGCCAUUGACCACGCAGGAGCUUAUCGAGCUCUUGGCCCGACCGCAAAGCAGAAGUGACGCUGCUCUACCGUCACCGCCCCUCGAAACCGCCUUUCUGAAGCAAGAGACAUCGCCCACACAGUCUGAGCCGAUUCUACCACUGCCAUCGUCUCUAGAGGCCGAUCUUGACACACUGAUUGGAGAGCUCGAGUUUGAGAUACCAUCCGAGCAAUUCGGGGGGGAAGGGAUGGCCAGCCUCCUCGCCCAACAAUCAUGGUGGGAUUUCAAUGCGAAGCAAUGGGACUCGGUGCAAGCACCAUCCUUCGGCGAAGGUCAGGUAUACGGCGCCGGGGUUGCUGGACCCUCAAUCCCAACUCAGAACUCGGUAUUCAAGGACGAGCACAGCAUCUACAGCUCACUUGGCUUGAGCCACAUUUUCUGCUUGGAGUGCGCUGAGCGGUUGGGGAUCACCGGACAAGAAACGGAACGCCGCAACACAUGCCCUGCCUGUCACUCACACUUCAACAACACCGAUGAUGCCGUCAUUACGAACCUCAGCCCGAGCGAAGAAUACAAGACAACCAUCCUGAGCGGCCUGAGUCCCAACAUCGUCAUGGAGUGUACCAGUCGAGCCCUCAGCUUCUGGGCCUACCAAACUACUCAAGAUAUGUACUACCAACAGUAUCUCUACAAGACACUUGCAGAAAAGUACUCUGCCCUCAACAUUCGACUCGAGAAGACUGUAAGCGAUGCAAACACGGAAAUUGACGGGCUCCAGCACAGGUUGACUGGCAUGACAGCGGAGCAGGACGCCUUGCGACGCAAGAACGAAGAGAUCGGCCAGGCAUACAAAGAAAAGGCUCGCAAGGUCCUUCAGUUACAAGAGCUCUAUGACAAGGUCAAAAGCAGGGCUGAACUCUGUCAAAUCCGGAAGGCGGCCUCGGAUGAUGUUGACUUGACCCUCGACACACCAUCUCAGCUUAACCAAGGCAUUUCAGGAAAUAACGGAGUACCCGAAAGCGAUAAUACUCCUGCGUUCAGCCAGCGCCGAGCCAACGGCUCGGGUAUGAACACAGGCAUGCCUCGAAGCUACCCAGCCGUCACGAGGGAGAGCACUCUUUGGCCGCGAGUGGGGGGCGCAUCUCGCUUGAAGCUGAGUCCACAGCAACACCGCUUGGAGGCUUUCGUCAUCGAGGAAUGGGAGGAGUAUCAGCAAGGACUUCAACGCCAGUACCUGUCGUUGGGAACAUUAGACCAUCCACGGCAACUGAUUUUGUGCCCCCUCGCAAUCAUUACCCGGGAAUUGGUAUAA